AUGACCAGUGGCAUCUUUCCAUCCGUGCCCUCUGUGCCUGGCAAGGAGACGGGCGAGGCUGCGUCCACGUCUACUGCCACGCUCUCCAACACAUCAUCGGCUACAUCGGCUACAUCGGCCACGCAUGUCGACCUUGAGCCCCCCCACGUUCGGGAUACCAUCAAAUCGCUCCUCCUCACUCCGCACAUCGAAGGUGGAUACUAUGCCCUCACCGACUCGUCACCGACCCUCAUUCCGAGUCCCUACCCGCUGACCAGCCUAUCUGAAAAUACACUGCAACUUGUUGGCGGUCUGCGACCAGACUUUGACCCGGCCGUGCGCCGUGCCUCCUCUUCGAUACUCUACUACCUCACCCCCAGAAGUCCCGUUGGCAGCUUUCAUCGCAAUCGCAGCCGCAUCGUCCACACCCUUCACCGUGGUCGUGGCUGUUAUGUUCUCAUACACCCUGAUCGUCGUGUCGAAACAUUCGUUGUCGGUUGUGAAAUUCAAUGCGGGGAAAAGUUGCAGUGGGCUGUCGACGGGGGAGUCUGGAAGGCGAGCUACCUGUUACCGAACCAAGAUGCGACCAGCCGCUGCUUGGACGUCCACGAUGAAGAGCUGCUCAUCUCGGAGACCGUCGUUCCAGGGUUCGAGUACGCCGACCACGAAUUUCUCUCCAAAGACAAACUUUCUCAACUCCUGCCUGAGGAACUGGCUGAGAGAUAUGGCUGGUUGGUAAAGCAUUGA